UCACGAAUUUCCUAUGGGAUGUGAGACGGGAGGACAUAAAAGCCAGACGAAAUCCGAAUGGAGUCCCAGUCGUUCAUUAUUUUCCAGCAAUUACUUCUGCAAUGAGCACAAUUUCGACAAAUCAUGCACGUUGAUAAAAUACUUUUAAUGAUCAUCCUUUGCGCGACAAAUGCAUGGUGCAGUGAUCGAAUGUUGAUACGAAACGCCAGGACAUUUGAUUCGUCAUUCUUCGCAUGGCUGCAAGCAUUGUUCAGCAACAGAAACAAUGUUUCAAUUUUUCCAAAAUUCUGGCCCAGUCGACCGCAGCUCCAGGAAUGGACCAGGAACGGUAUUACGAGUUUGUUACGUCUCGCGUCUUUCAAUACCGAGGAGCCCAUGCACAUCGAGUUCAGACCCGAGGAUGGACCACGCGCUGCAAAAGUAUAUCAACAGCGUUUCGGAUAUCGCGGAGAAUGGCUUGUUAAACAAUUAGGGAACGGGUUUAAUCCCGAUGUUCUAUAUAGGCGACAUGUGCCUAAUACGUUCUUAAUACCUCCUCCAAUUCCCUUUAGAAGUAGUAAUUUGAUCCGCAGCGCAAGUGCAUUCGAAUACAAUCGGUAGAAUUCCCUUAGUUUAAGUUACUAAUAGGAGUAGGAUAGCCAGAACUGUAGAAUACAAAAUAAUCAUCAAGUACAAAUCAGUCUGCGCGUUAUUAUUUAUUUGUAUAUAAUAUAUAUGAGUCAAGUAAAAUGUUGUCAUUGAUAAACUCAUAAACGUGUUAUUUAG